ACCGCGGGUUCCGCGCAGAGAGGACGCGAGCCAUCCCGUCUUAUGACGUCACGAAAACAAAAAUACAUCGCAGUUUUCAUAACAAAAAUGACGCUGCGAAAAUCUUAAUUCGAAAAUGGUUUGACAGUUCCAUUUGACGUUUGUAGUUUAAUGGUGGAUUUUGAAAUAAGAGUUUUCUUUUUUUUUCUGAGAGUAAGUUGUAAACUUUUUGGUUGCUGAUGAGAUGUUUGGUUCUUGAAUUUUCUUUUGUGCCUGUAUAUUUUUCAUAUUAAGGUUUUACAAUACCAGUGUUUUGAUGAGAAUUGAAUAAGUGUUAUGGAAGAGUGUGUUCGUGAGAAAAGCGGAUUGAAACAGCUGAUCAGCUAAUUCUUUGUUUAUUUGAGUUUGAAGAUGCCGCGCUAUGUACAGUAACGCGAGCGACGCGGAGCGCGAUGCGGCGGAGGAGACGACGCUCGCGGCGCUCGUAGCGCUCUACGUGCUCGUCUCUGUCAUAGGUAUUAUCGGCAAUGUAAGCUUAAUGGCAGCGCUAGCGUCAGGCGGCGCGUCGCGUCUCCGCACGCCACAGAUGCUGAGCGCGUGCGCAGCUGACUUCCUCGUGUGUGCGGCCAGCGCGCCUCUAGCGGCCACCAGGGCCGCCAGGAUAGAUGAGCUGCCCUGCCAAGUUACUUAUUAUAUUGAGUCAUUCCCAGUGGCAGCGAGCACACUCUCUCUAGUCGCGAUUGCCGCGGACAGAUGCGGCGCAGUACGACGCGGCGGCACCUCGCUGUGUGCGCGCGCGCACCUCGCCGUAGUCGCCGUGUGGAUCGCCGCGUUGUUACUUAGUGCGGCAGCAUUCACAACGACGUGCGUAUCAUGUCCGCCACUAGCGGCGGCGCACGCACUCCUCACAUACUGCUUCCCAGUGAUCGCGGUCGCGCGGUGCCACUGGGCCGUGCGCGUCAAGCUCACAGCCCUCUCCCUCACCGCACGAGCAGCACACGGCGAGCUCCCUCUCCCCGUGCCCCUCAUGAGGAGACCAACCCACGUCAUCAUCGUCGCCGGCGUAGGACCCCGAGAACGCCGUGACGCCGUCGACGUUGGUGACGUCAGAUCCAAGAAGAAACUCCAACCGAGCCUUCUAGGCCCACAACCCCAAACCUCAACGCUCCGCUCCAGACGACGGUUAGGCAACGUUCUCAUGGGGAUCGCGGCGAUAUUCGCAAUGUGCUGGUGUCCGCAUGCCGCGAUAGUGGUAGCCGGUGCACUAGGGCUGCACGUGCCGUUCCUGCUGGCGCACUUCGCGCUGCUGCUGGGGUACGCGCACUCGGCGCUGAACGCCGUGGCGUACUGGGUGCUGAACCGGCACGCGCUGACGUCGGCGUGCGCGGCGUGGCGGCUGCCGCAGCUGCGCGUGCGGGAGGAGCGCCCCUCGUCGACCAACGAAGCGGCUCUCGGAGCCUUCCACCCGCGCCUCGCCCGGCCCGCGCCCUCGCCCCGCCCUCCCCCCUCAAGCUUCCUCUAUUGAUGUCCGUCUAUCUUCUAAGCUCUGUCAAUCUGUGAUUCCUGUCUCUCAGUGCCUCGUAUAGUCUACAGGCGCCCCUCGCGGGGAGCCGCUCGUUUCGUCGUUAUAAACGUGGUUGUUUGAGAUUUUAUGGAGAAUAAUAUCCGUGAAGCAAUAAAGUGUAUGAAACACU